UCCUGUCGCGGCUACCUCGGCUGGCCUUGGCUAAAACGGAGCCUUUAAACGACGUUUGUUGUGGAUUUGCGUUGGGAAGAAGUCGGCGGAGGGAGUCCAGUCCAGCUGGACGGGGGUCUAGACGCGGCGCCGGGUUUUACGCGGUCCGCUUACGUGCGACGUUAUUGAUCCUGAGAAGAAUGACGGGUGUGGAGCCGAGGUGCUGCGGUUCCGCCCGGCUGGGCUCCAGCUCACACGGCACACCGGCCAGCCGUGCCCGCGCUUGCUGAAGGCCUGCGGUGCCGCCACAGGAUCGUCGCUAUUCCGACUUGAAGACUUGCCGGCUGCUCCGGGUCACAUCUAAAGACAUCCCCACACCUGGUCGCCCUUUUAGAAAUACUUAAUCACCUUUAAAGCUGUUCGAUCAUGGACGUGAGCAUCGCGGUGUCUCUGAUCCGCGGCCAGAUGGGGGCGGUAGUGGAGCGGGCGGUGAACGGGGCGGUGGAGACGGUGCUGGCCGAGAUGCUCCGGGUGGUCGGAGUCAAAUUCGAGGAGCUGAAAGCUCAGGUGGCCUCCCUGAAGAGGGACAUGACGGCCCUGCAGCGGGAGAAGGCGCUGAAGGAGAAGGAGAACGACAAGAUCCGGGCCAUGCUGAGGUACACCGAGCUGAAGCUGAAGUACUACCGACAGGGGGUGGAGGAGGAGAUGCAGCAGAGAGCCUCCAGCUCGUCUCAGAUCAAGGCCCACCCGAGCCAGCAUGCCUCCUUCUCCCAGACCCCCAGAGGAAACCUGGCUGUCUCCCCCAGCACGGUGCUCCUGGCUCCGGCUCAGAUCAGGACCCUUUCAGACACCAGUCAAGGGAACAGCUCCUCUCAGAGCAGGAGUAAGGCUGGGGCCAGAGUUAGUCUCCAGCCUGCUGAUGGCAGCGUGGCUCCCGCUGGCUCUCCCCUCCUCAGCUCUGAGCUGUCGGACCUGGUUCUGCCUCAGUCCGAUGAUUCUGACCGUCUGUGUGUUCAGCCAACCACAGUCCAACUGAGCAGACCGGCUGAAAGUAAGCAGCCCAGCACAGAGGUUUUGUCCAGCUGCGUCGAGCACGGUGCUGCUGCUCAAGGUAAAGAGGAUGUGGCCGGGGAGUAUGACUGGACCGUAGACCCGAAUCUGGCCCUCGGACCCCCCUCUGGCCCGGGCGUGGUCUCCAUGUGUGCCGUGGCCUCCCUGUCCCCUGACAGGUCCACCCAGGCAGACAGCUCCACGCUGGCCUCCAACGCUGCCCCUUCACAGAUGAAGCAGGAGGAGCCGGGGGAGGAGGUGGAGGUGAUCUGUAUCAAGGAGGAGCCAGAAGAGGAGCGGGAGGUGAUGGUCUCCCUGCUGCAGGACUAUCAGAUGCAGCAGGGUCACAUACCGGCCUCGGAGGUGAGGGAGGAGGUCAGAGGUCACCACGUAAGCCAGAAGGGUCAAAGGUCAUCGACAUUGUGGUCAAAUCCUCAAGCAGGCCAGGGUCACCUCCCCCUGGGUCACUCCACCGCCAUCACUGCUGCUGGGUCAUCUUCCUAUGUGGUGUCCCAGCAUGGAGCAGCCCUGCCCUCCAUCAUGAUUUCCCGCCAGGCGCCGCGGCCCAGGCCCAAAGACUUGAGUCUGUACGAGGAGUACAAACUCCGCCGCAACGAGAUACGAAAACGCAGCAUCAGCAGACGGCGGGAGAUGGAGAAGAGCCUGCCGCAGCCUCUGCUGGCUGACCUGGUGCGUGAGCGUCGGGAGAAGACCAGACUGAGAGUGGCCCGAUGGAGAGCGAAGAGAAAACUCCAAGCCUGUCUCAGCCAAACUCAGGCUCAGGGGGGCGCUGCAGACUUCACCCAGCAGCAGGUCUAUGACAUCACAGCUCAGCAGCUACAGCAGCAGCUCAGGACUUCCUGUGCGCCGGCCUCGCAGACACAGACGAACGCCUUCCUCGCCACCAACACCAUGGCCCUGCCCUUCAUCGCCCCAUCCUCUUCUUCCUCCUCCUCCCUGCUGCUGCUUGGUCACAUGACUGACCACAUAAAUCAGCACACCGUGACAUCCUCCUCCCACCCUUCGGUCAGCCUGGCGCAGCAGAACAUGUCUCUGACGGACACGGACGUCUUCCAGUAAGACAGUCACGGCUGCAGCGUGGAAACCUGUUGCUGUGUGUGACUAGGAGACAGAGACGGGACACGUCCAAGUGGUGUAAACCUGUUGGUGUGUGUGACUAGGAGACAGACGGGACACGUCCACAUGGUGUAAAUGUGUGGUAGAAGAGUGAGGCUGCACUGAGUGAUAUGUUUGAUACCCACCGUGAAUCACAUGACUCCCUGUAAGGUGACAGAACUGCUUGUACUGCAGAGUGCACUGAGAAUCAGCACGGCGGUCUUCGGUUUUUCUGAACCAGAGACCGAGUUCCCAUUCAGCUCGUUGACGAGAGUCACAUGGCGGCCAUCACGGCAGGAAACCUGAUGUGAACUGCUAUGUCUGUACACCGUGACCCGGUGUAGCUCGUGAACAUAAAAAUCCAGACAAAAACUUCUCAUCUCACCACGGUCACCACCCGAGGUUGUUCGGUGGUCUACCGAGGACCCGCUCUUCCUCCGUUUGCUCAAGCCGUGCCAGGAACUGGACCGACGACAUGUCGUCUCCCAUCCUCACCAUAUUCCAACGCUGGCCGGAUCUUCUGUAUGCAAAGAGAACCUUCCUCCUGCAUCACACAAACCGUACCUCCAGUGAUGAAGGCCACACGUCCUCGCCUCACAUCAGAUACCGAUGGGCUUUGAAAUCAGAAUCGAACGUCCAUCUGGAUUAUGGAGCAUGCAUCAGAACUUCCUCUCACCACUUCCUGACAAACAAAACCCGGCUAGAGGAACGGAUUACUCGGAUCUGGAGUUUGUUACGGAUGGGUGGGACCGGCGGUGACAGCUCAGGUGGGGAAGGCAGUGGAUGGAGAAGUGGAGGUCUUCUCGGCCUGUGAAGCUGCGGUACCACAGGCUGUUUUACAUCACGGGAGUUGUUUGAGUCGCUGUUCGGAUCAGAACAUCCCCGAACGCAGCUUUAAACACGUGUUUAAACCCAGUGGUGCUGCCGGCGUGUGAAGCUGAGGGUUUGUGUCCGAGGCCACAAAGUCCUCCGAUUCACUUCAACAUCAACGAGACGGAUGAUGAAGGCGAUGGUGAAGAUGCUCCAGAUGGCGGGCGGAGGCUCCUUUUUCUCUUUCUUUUCAUGAGGUUGCCUGUCUUCGUGUUAUUUAAAUUAAAAAUCAACCUCAGUAAUAGAAGUUCAGUUUUAUUUGAAAGUCAGUUCAAAGCAUUUAAUUCAGUGUGGUUUCAUACGUGCAGAACCAAACCCCUGCUGUGCAUACACCACUUUACUUUGUAUGAAGAGGAGGUUUUAUUUAUAUUGCUUCAUGUCGUGAUGUCAGUAAUCUGUUUUCUCUGAUUUUAAUAUUUAAUCAACUGUGACGCAGAUAAAUACAAAAGGCUUCACGCUGCCAGAAGACCCCCUGGCCCCUCAUCUGGUUUGGGGGCUUUCAGUCAUUCUGUUGACAUUGUUCACAUCUAACAUGUAAGAAACCUGGUCUUAUCUCCAUGUGGGUGAAGAAGGUGGUGUAGGUUGACUUCAUGACGUCAGUUUGGUUUCACUUGGCUCACAAAUCGAAAAGUUAACUUGUUCCAGUUAUUUAACUGGAUAUUAUUAAUAUGUUGUUUAACUGGAUAUUAUUAAUAUGUUAUUUAACUUGAUAUUAUUAAUAUGUUAUUUAACUGGAUAUAAUUAAACUGGAUGUUAUUGAUACAUUUAACUGGAUAUUAUUGAUAUAUUUAACUGGAUAUAAUUAAACUGGAUAUUAUUGAUACAUUUAACUGGAUAUUAUUGAUACAUUUAACUGGAUAUUAUUGAUAUAUUUAACUGAUAUUAUUAAUAUAUUUAACUGGAUAUUGAUAUAUUUAGCUGAUGUUAAUAUAUUUAACUUGAUAUUAAUAAAGUAGACAUGAUAAACUGGGUGAGAAAAAUGGCAGUGUAGGGAACACUGGUUUGAGCUGAUGGUGCUGAGGUACUGGACUCAAGGGUGGGUGGGGGUUUGCUGUUUCCAAAUGAACAUUUUGAAAACAGAAAUAAAAUCAGAUGAUCUUAGAAGUCCUCUGUGUGAGGAGAUCAGGCUCCACAUGAAAAUGGUUUUAGUGAAAAUUUGCUAAAAAGAUGAAUGAAACAGUUGUGCAGUAUUAAACCUGUGGUUGGCAAUAACAAAAUAAAAGUGGAUCCCUCAAAUAGU